AUGGAGCCCUCUGGCACUGAACAGUUGUGUGAUGACCCUGAUCCUGGAGGCAAAUCCCAAGAUCAAGAGACCAAAAAGCAACAUGAAUCAGAGCAAAAAUUAUCCAAAAUAACCCAUAAUGCUUUGGAGAACAUUAAUGUGAUUGGUCAAGGCUUGAAGCACCUUUUCCAGCAUCAGCGCAGGAGGUCGUCAGUUUCUCCGCAUGAUAUUCAGCAAGCUCAGGCUGAUCUGGAGCCUGACAUGGAUUUGGAAAGCCAAAGCGUCUGUGCUGACAUUGAUGGUGUCUCCACCCACCCUACAGCUCUGAACCGGGUGCUCCAGCAGAUCAGAGUGCCACCUAAAAUGAAGCGAGGGACGAGCCUGCACAGCAGGCGGGGCAAGGCAGAGGCCCUGAAGGGAAGCCCGCAGAUCAGCAGGAGGUCUGCCCAGGACAUGCAGUCAGGUCGGCCCAGAUCAUCCUCGACUACAGAUGCUCCCACAAACUUGUCCGUGAUGGAGAUUGCUUCUUCUAUCUAUGUAGGUGGAGAGGAGGCCACAGCAGCAGCAAUCGAGCGGUUGGAAGUCAGCAGCCUCGCCCAGACCUCCAGCGCUGUGGCCUCCAGCACUGAUGGCAGCAUCAAUGCAGACUCUGUCGAUGGGACCCCAGAUCCUCAGCGUACGAAAGUGGCCAUCACACACCUGCAGCAGAAGAUACUGAAGUUGACCGAGCAGAUCAAAAUUGAACAAACAGCCCGAGAUGACAACGUGGCAGAGUACCUGAAGCUGGCCAACAAUGCAGACAAGCAGCAGAGCGCCCGCAUUAAGCAAGUGUUUGAGAAGAAAAACCAGAAGUCGGCCCAGACCAUCUUGCAGCUGCAGAAGAAACUAGAACACUACCAUCGAAAGCUGCGAGAAAUUGAACAGAAUGGGAUCCCUCGGCAGCCAAAGGAUGUCUUCAGGGAUAUGCACCAGGGUUUGAAAGAUGUGGGAGCAAAAGUCACUGGCUUCAGUGAGGGAGUUGUAGACAGUGUAAAAGGUGGGCUUUCCAGUUUCUCCCAAGCCACGCAUUCAGCAGCAGGAGCUGUGGUUUCCAAACCCCGGGAGAUUGCCUCCCUCAUACGGAACAAGUUUGGGAGUGCAGACAACAUUGCUAAUCUGAAAGACUCCUUAGAAGAAGGCCAGGAAGAUGGGACAGGAGGGAAGGCUCUAGGUGUUAUUCAGAACUUUCAGUCAAGCCCAAAAUAUGGCAGUGAAGAGGACUGCUCCAGUGCCACAUCGGGCUCCGUGGGAGCCAACAGCACAACAGGGGGCCCUGUGGGAGCUUCCAGCUCCAAAACAAACACUCUGGAUAUGCAGAGCUCAGGGUUUGAUGCAAUACUGCAUGAAAUUCAAGAAAUUCGAGAGACACAGGCAAGACUGGAAGAAUCAUUUGAGGACCUUAAGGUUCGCUAUCAGAGGGAUUACUCAUUAAUAAUGCAGACUCUGCAGGAGGAGCGGUACAGAUGUGAAAGACUGGAAGAGCAGCUCAAUGACCUGACUGAGCUCCACCAGAACGAGAUCCUCAAUUUGAAGCAGGAGCUGGCCAGCAUGGAGGAGAAGAUCGCCUACCAGUCUUAUGAGCGAGCCCGGGACAUCCAGGAGGCACUGGAAGCCUGCCAGACCCGCAUCUCCAAGAUGGAGCUGCAGCAGCAGCAGCAGCAAGUGGUGCAGCUGGAGGGGCUGGAAAACGCCACGGCCAGGAACCUUCUGGGAAAGUUCAUCAACAUCCUCCUGGCUGUCAUGGCUGUUCUCCUUGUCUUCGUCUCCACUGUGGCCAACUGCGUGGUGCCCCUCAUGAAGACUCGCAACAGGACGUUCAGCACUUUAUUUCUCGUGGUUUUCAUUGCCUUUUUGUGGAAGCACUGGGACGCCAUCACCGGCUACUUGGAACGGUUCUUGUCUCCCCCCAGAUGAUGGUGGCAGGACCUGGCUGCAUCCUCCUCCUCCCGGCACUCUCGGUGAGCAAGCGUGGCAAAGAUUAGUCAGCAGCUACUCUGCUGAAGUUUUAAAGUGUCCGAGUGAAUUUGUUUACAUUUAGAAUAAUGUUUUUUCUCUGCGAGAUGCAUUGCAAUAGUAUUUUUUAGAUUUUAUUCAAGAACUCUUUUUUGGCGAGAAUCCUGGAUAAUUUUUAUGUAGCAUGGUUCUCUUUGGAUGCAAAUCUUAAGAUUCUCUGAAGUGUACAAAAGAAAUAAA